AUGGACGACGGCAAGCUUUCGGCGGCGACCAACCUCCCGGACGACCUCGUCGUGGAGAUCCUGUCGCGCCUGCCGGUGCGGCCGCUCCGCCGUUGCAAGUGCGUCAGCCGCGCGUGGCGCGACCUCAUCUCCCACUCCCACCACCGCCGCAGGCUCGCGCAGACCGUCUCGGGCUUCUUCUACCAUCUCCACGUCGACGCCUCCUGCCCGCCCAUAGUACCCUACUGGCGCUUCACCGCCUCGUCACCUCCUCCUCAUCCGCAGGGCUCGCCGCCUCCGGCCGCCGUCGAUCACGCCUUCGCGUUCCUGCCAUCGACGAGCUACGCGACGACCGACACGGAGCUGCUGGACUCCUCCGAUUACCUCCAAGGGAAGCGGCAGACCCGCCUGGCCGCGCUGGCCUUCGACCCGGCCGUCUCCUCCACGCGCUUCCACGUGCUCCAGCUGGUGGAGAAGGAUUGCUUCAGCUUCCCAUUGCUGUCCCAGAACCGCUUCGUCGUCGAGGCGGUGGAGAUCUACUCAUCGGAAACCAAGAGCUGGGUGGUCUGCGACUGCAGUGAGUGGAGGUUGGGCUUCCAGGUCACAUGCACCGGCCAGCAGGGGACCUACCACGACGGCUCCCUGCACUUCGCCCUCGACGACGGCGCGGUCAUGUCGGUGGAUACCAAGGGCGAGGCGUGGUAG